AUGUAUGAUGCUAUUGAAGAAUUUCUGCAAAGCCAAAUUAACCUCACGCCAAUUAGGUACUCUUACUCAAAUAUUAGAAAGAUGUCCAAAGGUUUCAAGGACAAAUUAGGUGAAGGAGGCUAUGGCUCUGUAUAUAGAGGAAAGCUUGAAAGUGGCCCUCUAGUAGCUAUAAAGAUGUUGGGUAAUCCCAAAGCUAAUGGGCAAGAAUUUAUCAAUGAAGUUGCAACAAUUGGAAGGAUUCACCACAUGAAUGUGGUGCAACUCAUUGGUUUUUGUGUUGAGGGACCAAAACGUGCCCUUAUAUAUGAAUUCAUGCCUAAUGGUUCUCUUGAAAAAUACAUUUUUUCUCGAGAAGGAAGUAUUCCCUUAAGUAUUGAAAAAACAUAUAAGAUUUCUCUUAGAGUGGCUCAUGGGAUUGAAUAUCUACAUCAAGGAUGUGACAUGCAAAUUCUGCAUUUUGAUAUUAAGCCUCAUAACAUUCUUCUCAAUGAGAACUUCAUUCCCAAAGUUUCUGAUUUUGGGCUUGCAAAACUUUAUUCAACGAAUGAUAGCAUAGUGUCGUUGACUGCUGCAAGAGGAACAUUAGGAUAUAUAGCUCCAGAGUUGUUCUAUAAAAACAUUGGAGGGGUCUCCUAUAAAGCUGAUGUUUAUAGUUUUGGCAUGUUAUUGUUGGAAAUGGCAAGCAGAAGAAAGAACGUGAAUGCAUCCGCAGACCAUUCAAGCCAAAUUUACUUCCCAACUUGGGUCUAUGGCCAAUUUAGCGAAGGAAAUUACAUAGAAAUAGAAGAUGCCACAGAGGAGGAGAAGAAAAUUGUUAAGAAGAUGAUCAUAGUUGCAUUAUGGUGCAUACAAAUGAAGCCUAGUGACCGUCCUUCAAUGAACAAGGUUGUAGAAAUGCUUGAAGGAGAAGUUGAAUGCUUACAAAUGCCUUCCAAGCCUUUCCUAUCAUCAUCACCAGCGAGACCAACAGGGGAUGUAGGAGACAAUUUAAAUUCAACUAGUUCAUCAUUUCAAUCAGGUGAAUCAAAUCAAUCGGCUAUACUUUAAAUGCAAGGGAAAGUUAACAUCACAGUGGAACUGGGGCAAUUAUUCUUCACAUAUAUGAUAGCAUAAAGACAUUUUAUAUUUUUGUGUGACAAAUAAUUGGUCCCUUGAUUUAUGAUAACUAUCCUUACCUACAACAAAUUUUCUUUUUUGCUUAGUGUGUGGUAUAUUUAUUUGUUAAGGUCUUUUUAAGAGGAAAAAAAUAUUUAUAACUUUAUAAUUGUGAAUGUGUAGUUGAUUAAGUUAAUAAACAAUGCUGAAAAACCGGGCAAUAUAUUUUGGAGUGGCAAUAGCCCAGUUGUAGAAAUUGCUUUACUCCUAUUUAUAUAUUCAGUAGUCAUAUGCAUGGUUAGCAAUU